CCUCCAACUGUCCCCAGCCCCGCUGGGGGACCCGUCCGGCUCGGCUCCUCGAAGAAGCCCCCGCCGGGCGAUCCCCGAGAGGAAUUUUCCGGACCCCCAUUUGAUCCUCUUCCCCUUCCAUUCUAGGAGCCCCAGAGCCACCCUGCUCGCCACCACCUGUGAUGCAGGAGCAGAUUGGCGGAGCCGGUCACAUGAUCCGUCACGUGCUGGAGGCGAGCUCAGUCCAAAAGAAAAUGGGGUUUGGUGUAAAUCUGGGGGUGUAAUGUUAUCAUAUAUCACGCUACCUCGUAAAACCGACACUGAAACCUACCGGACAACAAAUCACAGGUCAAAAUUAUGAGUUCUUCGUAUUAUGUGAAUGCGCUUUUUAGCAAAUAUACGGCGGGGGCUUCUCUCUUCCAAAAUGCGGAGCCUACUUCUUGCUCCUUUGCUACCAACUCUCAGAGAAGCGGCUAUGGACCGGGCGCUAGCGCCUUCGCCUCCUCCAUGCCCGGCUUGUACAAUGUGAACAGUACCAUUUAUCAAAGCCCGUUCUCCUCCGGAUACAGCCUGGGCUCAGACGCCUACAACCUGCAUUGUUCCUCUUUUGAUCAGAACAUUCCCGUCCUCUGCAAUGACCUAACCAAAGCCAGCUGUGAGAAAGCGGAGGACAGCAACCUGCACAGCCAGGCAGAGGCUAAUUUCCGGAUAUAUCCCUGGAUGAGGUCUUCAGGUCCCGAUAGGAAGAGGGGGCGGCAGACCUACACCCGCUACCAGACCCUGGAGCUGGAGAAGGAGUUUCACUUCAAUCGCUAUCUGACCCGGCGCCGGCGGAUAGAAAUCGCCCAUGCCCUGUGCCUCACAGAGAGGCAGAUCAAGAUCUGGUUCCAGAAUCGGAGGAUGAAGUGGAAGAAGGAGCACAAGGACGAGGGCCCGGCCACCCCUGCAGCCCCCGAGAGCGCCUCGGCCACGGCCUCGGUGGAGAAAGUGGAGGAGGAGGAGGAAGAAGAGGAGGAGGAGGAAGAAGAGUAAAAUUCUGGAGCCGAAGCAGCAGCCGCCGAGCUGUAGUAUUAUGUAUGCACGUGACAGUCGUAAAAGCUUCUUAAAAGGACUUAACCGUUUUAUUUAAAAAACAAAAAAGCAAGAAAAGCAAAAAAAAAAAAAGAAAUCCAAGUCUCCCCUCCCCCCAACCAAACCCCCCUCCCUCUCUCUCUCUCUUUCACCCCCUCCUCCCCAAGCCCGCUCCCCAGGAUGGCGGUGCUGAGCAGGUUCGGGGGACGACCUCGAUGCUUGCCUCUUCUGGGGUUCCCUUUCCUCUAGCCUUCCUUCCUUCCUUCCUCCUUCCCUCCCUUGGGUCCUGGGGCGUCUCCUGCUCCCCGGCCUGACCUCGGGGUUGCCCCUGGGAGACCCGUGCCCUCUCCCCGGGCACUUGCCCCUCGGGCGAGGGCAGCGGGCGCUGGCGCUCAGAGAAACUACCUACCUGGGCCCUUCGGGCCUCCACUCCUCGGGAAGGAGGCCGGGGCUUUAGGCGCUCACAAAACUACCUAAUUGCCAAGCUAGACCUCUGGGCUUCCGUCUCAUGAUUAGGAUUUUUUUUGUUCUGUAAGGGCAAUAAGAGCCUAUGUGCUAGUGUGGGGAGGAGGGAAACGUCCCGCCAACCAACACAAUUCUCUCUCCACGCACACAAAUGCACACAGACACCCACAUACAGAUAACCACUACAAUCUCCAGCAAUGAUUUGUACUACCUACUUUUUCCAAACUACCUAUCUCUUGCUCCUCCUACCUAGCUCUUUCUCUGGGCCGAAUUUUAUUAAUCCGGGAAGGGCAAGACGUUUAAGUGACUCGGAAAAAAAAAUAGUAUUUUAGAAAAGGCUUUUAGGCAACUUAACUGUGGUGGAGACGCGCUCCUCCGUGGCUUUGGUAGCAAAUUGGGUACCGGGGAUCUCUGGUUCUAUUUAAAUUGAAAAAAAAAUAAUAUAUUUAUUCCAAAGCGAUUCUAAAUGAAACCAUAUGCUGCAAUCUCGUUUUCCCCUCCUGGCCUGAGCAUUCCGAGGUCAGAAGCCAACACACCCCCACACCCCGCUUCCCUGCAAAGCGUUUCCCGUGGCCAUUGCCCCCGGUAGCCCCCGACAGCCUCUUCCCGCCUUGUAGGGCCGUGACCGUUCUCCGAACCAAGUUCCUCGACGAAAAUGACCAUUCCCCUCACUUCUCCUCUCCUUCGUCGCGACUCUUAGCCAGUGUUUAAUAUGUACGAUCGUGAUUUUUUCUUACAAUAACAAAUACUGUAUAUUUGAACGAGAUUUUUUUUUGUCAUUUAUAUUGUCUUGAAGCUCAUUUGUAAGACCAUGUCAUGACUUGGGAAGGAUGUAAUUCAUUGGGGUAACUUUGUAGCAUGAUGUAUUGUUGCGAACUCUUGUCUCGAGCGGUCUCGGAGGGUUGACUAUAACGCCCUCCCGAAACUUGUCCGUCCCCGUGUGUUUCACUGUGUUCCCCCUUGGACACUGGCGCUGCCGUGUAAGUCUAGAGAGUCCAACCUGUGUAUGAUCGCCGUAUGGAAGUGACUCUGUCCCACUCGCGCCCCGCCGGAUGUGUUUUAUGUUACAUAGAAAAUAAAUAUGCUUGUGGACGAUA